AGUGAUUAAUUCGGUUAAUAUGUACAACACACGCACAGAAAUUGAACCUUCUAAAUUGUUUGUUGUACAAUACAUUACGAUUUAGUUUCUAUAAAAACGUAUAAUCUUUGUCUUAUGCAGAGAAUCCCAAUAAAGCUCUCUACACGUUGAAACCACCCUUCCAUUUAACGACAGUUAAAUUCAAUCCUCGCGAUCCUGUGAUGUUAGUUAGUGGUCUAAUAUCUGGCCAAGUGUGUUACUGGGAUAUUCGAAGCAAUGAAAAACCCAUGGAAACGUCUCAUCCUUACACCAGUCACAGAUAUCCAGUGACUCAGGCUCUUUGGAUCCCCUCCAAGGUUAACACCGACUUCUUCUCUUGUUCUACCGAUGGCACAGUUUUGUGGUGGGAUGCCAGAUUUAUGAAAAAGCCAACAGAAACUUUAGUGAUGGACCUCGAGCAGCCACAAAGAGCAGACAUUUACAAAGCGGUCGGUAUCACUGCUCUUCAGUUUGAACAGACGAUGAGCAGUAAAUUCCUAGCUGGUACCGAGGACGGCAUGGUUGUGAAUGUAAAUAGGAGAACCAGCAAUCUCGUGGAAAAAUUGGCGAUUAGAUUCCAAUGUUACACGGGACCGGUUAUCGCGAUCGACCGAAAUCCCAUUUAUACGAAGAAUUUCUUAACCAUUGGUAACUGGUCAGCAAACAUAUGGGCAGACGACACGAAGGAAGGAAAUUUGCUCUGUACUAGUGACAAAUACAUCGAUCUGAGCGGUGGUUGCUGGAGUAAAGCCAGAUGCUCCGUAUUCUUCACCAUAAAUAAAGAAGGCUUACUGGAAGCGUAUGAUAUAUUGGCAGGCAUCAAGACACCAUUGACUAACAUUCACGUGUGUAACGAUAGCCUGACAGCGAUUAGCUCUCACGAAGAGGGUGGAUUUCUUGCUGUCGGAAGUAGUAACGUAUCUGGAAAGGUAUAGUCGAUACGAAAAGGCGAUUGACAGUCGUUUGAAAGAAAUACGCCUGGGUCAUCGUGUCUCCAAAGAUGUCAGUAUACAAGAGUCAAAGGUGAAAAGCAAGAAGAAGGAAAAGGAUAGAAAGAAAGAAAAGGCCUCCAUGGAGAA